UAGACACAGUACUGAAGUCGAAACAUGUCGUUCAUUAAUGUGCACAUGGUACGCAAUAUCUUUUAAACUGAUCAUUUGUUUGACAGUCACAGUUAUCAAUUGGAUACCUGUGUUUGUUGCAUUCAGCGGAAAUAAAAAGCCUAUUUACCCAGCAUGGACAAACCAGACACAUUGUAGUGACCUUCCAACACCACUGGAUAUAGCAGUUACUACUCGACAUCUUAGAAAUCCACUUAUAGAUAGGUGGAGUGAUGUUGGAAUAAAGAAGGUUGAAGUUCAACUGUUUACGAAUGACGUACCAGUUGUGUGGAUGAUAUUCAAUGGCGAGAAUACAAAUGUAAUGAACUGGUUCAGUAAAGAAAACCUACUGAACAGCAGUUUUAAUGAUCUAACAACAAAUUCUACAACUAACUUCUUCGGAAUAGAGGGUGAAAGGGAUAUUCAAAGACGUUUUUUCAUCAAUCGGAAUUAUGGUGAUUGUACUACGGAUCGUGGAUGGUUUGUUGUAGAAGGGGAAUUUCAAGCGUGUGCAUGGGAGCAAAAAGGAGUUUCCCCGGUUUUUCUUUAUACCAAAAAUGACUUAUUCAGAAAUUGGCAUGCUGACUGCGCAGAACCUGCAGACAGGAUGAUUAUUUCAGUUGGAGUUAUAUAGCUAAAUAUAGAUGAAAUUAGGAACAUUUCCUGUUUGAAGUUGUAUA